AUGCAGCUCUGGGUCUUCUUCCUGGUCACCCUCGCCCUGGGCAGCGAGUCCUGCUGCCCCCCACCCUCCCCGCCCCUCAGGACGCCACGCUACGCAGAUGCCAUCUUCAGCAACGGCUACCGCAAGGUGCUGGGCCAGCUGUCGGCCCGCAAGCUCCUGCAGGACAUCCUGAGCAGGCGGCAGGGAGAGCGGAGCCAGGAGCCAGGCGCCAAGGCCCGGCUUGGCCGUGCGGUGGACCACAUGUGGGCGACCCAAGAGCAGGUGGUGCCGGACAGCAUCCUGCGGGCCCUGCUGCGGGAGCGCAGGAACUCCCAGGGAUGAAGACCCGCCUGUGUUCCCUCUGCAGCUAAAUGCGACCCCACCCUGGGUCAUCCUGUUUCAUUUCUGUCUCCUCUUCCAUUUAUACAUAUAAUAAAA